CAACCUCCCAAAAAACAAAUCUACGGAGAUAUUUUCUUCUCUCUCUUAAAAUCUCACGUUGUUUUUUUAUCCCUGCUGCUCCUGCCUCUCUCUAACUUCUAUGGUUUGAGCGGUAUCGUCUCGUUUCUGCGCACGGAGUUCUGGUGCGUUUGGAUAUUUCUGGUUUUGGUUGGCUCUGGUUCAUUUUUUUUUUAUGGAUCGGGAAGGAGGAUCCAACGGCGGAUCGUCUUGCUACUACUCCGUCCUCGGGAUUCGCAAGGACGCCUCCUUCUCCGAUAUCCGCACCGCCUAUCGCAAGCUUGCUCUGAAAUGGCAUCCCGACAGGUGGGCCCGGAAACCGUCGUUGGCGGGGGAGGCGAAACGGCGGUUUCAGCAAAUCCAAGAGGCUCACUCCGUUCUCUCGGAUCAGUCGAAGAGGUCAAUGUACGACGCGGGGCUCUACGAUCCUCUGGAGGACGAAGACGAGGAAUUUUGUGAUUUCAUGCAAGAGAUGCUGUCCAUGAUGAACAAAGUGAAAGACGAGGGGGACAGUUUCGAGGACCUUCAGAGGAUGUUUGCGGAGAUGGUCGGUGGGGACGAUAUGAACAUGAUGAGGGGUUUCGACGUUAACGAGGAUCCGACGGCAACAAAGAAGGCACGUGUGACGUCGUCGCCGUCGAAGGUUAACGCGGCAAAGCGCAGCAGCUCUCGCUGUUAACCAUGGUGUACCGGAUCCAAACCUCUGUGCAUCAUGGCCUUUUACACCCAGUAAUUUGUUCAACUGAAUUAAUUAAUUACCCUCCGAAACACAUUUUCAGAUCAGAUCUUCAUUGAGUUGGGCUGGGAAAGAUAAUUAACUGUUUACUUUGUUGGGGGCUGGUGGUCUGUUUAGGUAAUUUAGCUGCCUUUUUUUUUAAAAAAAGAAAAAAUGUGUUGACUUUGGGUGCUCAUUCUAAAUAAUGGAACUUGCCCUUUUUAUUUUUA